AUGGCGAAGACCACGCAACCCACCGCGGGGGCGCGGGAUCCCCUGCUCCCCACCUCCGCCUCCCCGCCGCCCUACCUCGACCCGCACCCCGCCGACUCCUACACGGUCCUCCUCGUCCCCGUCCGCCUCCGCCGCCGCCUGCGCCGCGGCGGCCGCUGCUGCGUCGGCCCCUGCCUCACCGCCCUCUUCCUCCUCCUCGCGCUCGCGGGCUUCCUCCUCUGGCCCGCCGACCCGGACGUCUCCCUCGCCCGCCUCCGCCUAGCGCACGUCUCCGUCGUGGCGCGCCCCGCCGUCGCCGUCACUAUAUCCGCCGCGCUCAAGGUCCGCGUCCGCAACCCGGACCUCUUCGCGCUCGACUACAACCGCCUCGACGUCGCCAUCGGCUACCGCGGCGCGCCGCUUGGCCGGGUCACAUCCGGCGGCGGACGGGUCCGGGCGCGCGCUGUCUCGUACGUCGAGGCCGACCUGCAGCUCGACGGCAUACGCGUCGUCGAGGACGCGAUCUACCUGAUCGAGGACCUCGCGCGGGGAUCCGUGCCCUUUGAUACCAUCGUCGAGGUCGAGGGCCACCUCCACUUCUUCUUCCUCAGCAUCCCUGUCAAGUUAUAUGCAGAUCUCAUGAACUGA